AUGGAUUCAUUCCUAUCAAAUUCUCAGGGAGCUCGCUCCCAGUCUCAGAUCCCAUCGGAUCAAAUCACUUCGGAUGUCAGCAGUGCCAAAACUGCAGACAUACCGAAAAACCCGAUCACCUCGCCAACUGGCAGCAGCCAAACUGAUAGUAGAUCGAGCGUCCUGGUCGAUCCGGUUAUCACCUCCGCGGCAGCGAACUCGAAUGUUCCAGCCCGCGUGAAACCAUCGGUGAUCAACCUCGUCACUUCUGUGACAGCCGAGAACUCGAUCUCGCACGCAAUUGAGAAGCCUCAUUUGCGAGUUCGGGUUAGAUCUAAAAAAUCUCCCGAUUACCUCAACACUGAUCAGUCGGAUAACUCCGACACGAACUGUGUCAGCAUCGUUAGCUUCGGCUCGACCACAUCCGGACGACCAAGCCCAAAUCAAGCGAAUGCUCACCGACCUGAUUAA